AUGGGAGACGCACAAAAUCCUCCUCAAGGCAAGACCAUGAGGGAGUACACUAGCCCCACUAUUGUUGAUCACCCUUCUUGCAUUGUACUCCCUCCAUGUGAGCAUCACUUUGAGAUCAAGCCAACUACCUUGAGCAUUCUACCCACAUUUAAUGGCAUGGCCUUGGAAAACCCUUAUGACCACAUUGCGGAGUUUGAGCAAGUGUGUACUACCGUUCAACCUAAUGGUCUCACUUCUAAUGGUUUGAAGCUUAGAUUAUUCCCUUUCACACUCAAGAACCAUGCAAGAAAGUGGUUGAGCAAGUUGUCUCCUAGAUCAAUACGUACAUGGGUUGAGAUGCAAGAAACUUUCUUAGGAAAGUACUAUCCUCCUUCAAGAACUUCCAAUGUUAGAGAUGAACUAAUUUCAUUUAGACAACACCCUCAAGAAAGUUUUCAUGAGUGUUGGGAGCGCUUUAAGGAUCUUGAGAUGUCAUGUCCUCACCAUGGGUUAGAGAAGUGGUUUCUUGUGGACAAGUUCUAUAGAGGAUUGAUGGCGGACCAAAGACAAAGAGUUGACACUUUUAGUGGUGGAACUAUUGCAAGCAAGCUUCCCGAUGCCGCUUGGGACACAUAUGAAGAGCUUUCACUUAAUUCUCUUUAUUGGGAUGAUCAUGAUGCAAGGAGACAACAAGCACCUAGCAAGGAGAACACAUCGAGCCGUGGUGGAAUCUAUGAGGUUCAAGGAACAUCAUCCGGGCCUUCUAUGCAUGAGUUCAAGAGGCUAGAAAGCAAGAUUGACCAAUUUCUAAACCAAGUGAGCCGGAAUCCUCCUCAAGCUCAAGUCAAGAUGGCAACUUCUACAUCAUGUUUGUUUUGUGAGAGUCUAGCACAUUCCACUCAAGAGUGUCACUUAUCAUCCAAGUUUCCGGACUUUAUUGAAGAACAAGUGAGCCAAGUGGGUAAUUUUGUGCCAAGGAACCAAAGAAAUGAUCCUUACUAUAACACUUAUAACCCCGGUUGGAGGAAUCAUCCCAAUUUUUCUUGGAAAGACCAAGGAGGUUCAUCUAGUGCGUUUCAAGGUGGAAAGUAA